UUUUUUUAAACUGUAAACAAACGAUACAAUACAAAACCAUCCAUAUGACCGUGCAAUGGCAUUUUGCUAUCUAUAAGAAAUGACAGAUAUAUUGGAAGCUGUGUUUAACUGUGAUUUGAAUAAGUUGAAAACCUUAUUGUCAGACACUAGAAAAGUAAAUGAUGAAAUACCUGGAACAGAAGGUUGUACACCCCUGCAUCUUAUUGUUGGAAUUGAAAAUGUUAGUGGAAAAGAAGAUGUUUUAUCCUUCUUACUAGAUAAUGGAGCUAAUCCUAAUGCUAGAUCUCAUGAUGAUCUAACUCCAGUUCAUAUUGCUGCUAUGUGGAAUAACUGUUAUGAAUUAGAAAAACUUCUGCAAAAUGGUGGUAAUCCAUGGUUAACAGAUAAUGAAAAUAAAAAUUCAUUUGACUUAGCAAUAAAUAAUUAUGCAUAUGAAGCAUAUCAGUUAUUACAUCGGUACCUGGCAGAGGAUAAAUUAAAUUUCAGAAAUAGCACCUGCAAAUCUGGUGCUAAACCUGUGGACUCUAAAGAAUAUGUUAGCCAAAAGAAAAAUGUUCCAGUUGCUGAUGAUAUUAUAUCCUCUUCAUUGUUUAGUACAAAUGAGAACUUUCCUGUCUUAUUUUCAUCAAAUGAUGAUGAGUCUGGGGAUUUUUUCCAAAAUGUUAGUAGAAUAUUAAAGAAAUCAGUUUUGAAAAAUCAAAAUCCUGAAAUAGAAAUAUCUCCAAAAAAUUUUACAACAUAUACCAAUGAUAAUAUACCUGCACAUGAGAAAGAAAUUGAUUUGUUAAAUGAUAGUGACUUAACUUUUUAUUCAGUACAUUCUAAUAAAACGAUACAAGAUGGAAUGACUCAUAAUAAUGCAGCUAUUUUAUCAUCAGACGAUACAGAUAUUGGCUCCAUCAGCGAAAGUGACAUAUUUACUACCAAAACCAGAAGUUCAGAAACAAUUAUUGAUUCUGAUAAUGAAAGUGGAAUUGCUUUGAUUGAGAUUGAGAAGUAUUCUUCUCCAUCUCUAUAUUCAUCCUCCAAAACAUGUGAAUCUUCUUAUUGUGCAUGCAGUGCGAAUGAUUGGAAAACUUGUCGGAACUCUCAAAGCAGCAGCUGUUUAUUUUGGAGUAAUUGUUCAUCUCAUUCUAAUACUCUUGUUGUUAUUCCUGAUGAAUACAAAAUUCUGAGUAAUUCAAAAAUUUAUCAAGAAUUGAAAUCUAUGGGAGAUGAUCCAGGGCCAGUUUCAGAUUCUACGCGGGAUGUGUAUUUGCGACGUUUAACAAGACUAAAGAUGGGCUGUAAUAACUCAUGUACUUUGCCAGCUCCAAAAUAUUGUCAAGAAGUGUACACAUUCCUGGAUGGUAAACUGAAUACUGAUCGGAUUCAAAAUUUAAUUAAUUCCAUGUCUGAAGAAUUUAAUUCUGUUGAAUCCAAUGUGAAGUGGAGAGAGGGAAAUCAAAGAUGUUGCUUUAAUUAUUUUUUGUUGGAUCCUCGAGUCACUCAGAAUUUACCAGUCAGGCUAAAAUAUCUUACUUUUGAAAAAACAUUUCUAACCUUUCUUGAUGCAUUGUUUUAUGUUGGAAAAGGGACAAAAGGACGUCCUUAUAGUCAUCUUAUGGAAGCAGCAAGAGCAAUGAAUAAUGGAGAAUUGAAAAAUGACAAGAUUUCUCAUAUCUUGGAUAUUUGGGAGUCAGGACUUGGUGUAAUUUCCCUCCAUUGUUUUAAUAAUUGCAUACCUGUUGAAGCAUACACUCAAGAAGCUUGCAUUAUUGAAGCUAUUGGUUUAAAGAAUCUAACCAAUGUUAGAAAUGGAGAUUAUUAUGGGAUUGCAUCAAAGUGGAAAAGGUCAUGGAAACGACAAGUUGGAGUUGCACUUCUGCAUAGAGCACUGCAAAUUUUUAUUCUGGAAGGUGAAAAACAAAUCUUGCCAAAAGAUAUCAAAGCAAAAUAAUUGCCAAUUUUAAAUGUGUAUAUAGGUUUUAA